AUCUGUGCUCGGAGUGGUCGGAGCAGAGCCGUGAUCCUGCUGGCUGCCGUGACCGCCGAGCAACCGGCCGACACUCAACAACCCUCAAACAACCCUCCGGCGCUUCUGGCAGUCACACAUGAGCACAAAGACCGGUCUAUUGAACAACUUCUAGCCCGUUAGUGCUGGCCUGUUCGCCGGCCGGAGCCGCUGGUCGGACGCAGGACCGCGUUAGCAGCAGAGCUAAUCAGCCGGAGACACGGAGCCCGCUGGAUUAGUGUUCCAGGCGCUGCUGCAGACAUGAAGAUCAUGGUGGACUUCGAGGAAUGUCUCAAAGACUCUCCGCGGUUCAGAGCCACCAUAGAGGAAGUGGAGGGGGAUGUGUGUGAGUUGGAAUCCAAGCUCGACAAAUUGGUGAAGUUGUGUAUUGGGAUGAUUGAUGCUGGAAAAACCUACAAUGCAGCCAACAAGCAGUUUGUCAGCGGGAUCCGGGAGCUUGCUCAACAGUCCACAAAAGAUGAGGUCAUUGAGUCAAGUCUCACAAAGUUUGCAGAGAGCCUGCAGGAGAUGAUCAACUAUCACACGAUAUUAUUUGAUCAGGCUCAGAGAUCCAUCAAGACCCAGCUGCAAACAUUUGUGAAAGAUGACCUGCGGAAGUUCAAAGAAGCCAAGAAACAGUUUGAUAAAGUGAGUGAGGAGAAGGAGGCUGCACUCAUCAAGAAUGCUCAGGCUCCCCGCAACAAGCAACAUGAAGUGGAGGAGGCCACCAGCAUCCUCACCGCCACACGCAAGUGCUUCCGACACAUUGUCCUCGACUACGUCUUACAGAUAAACGUGCUGCAGUCCAAGAAAAGAUCAGAAAUCCUGAAAUCAAUGCUGUCUUUCAUGUAUGCCCAUCUGACGUUCUUCCACCAAGGUUAUGACCUCUUCAGUGAGCUGCAGCCUCUCAUGAAACAGCUGGGAGGACAGUUGGACCAGCUGGUGGUCGAUGCUGCCAAAGAGAAGAGGGACAUGGAACUGAAGCACUCCACCAUCCAGCAAAAGGAUUUCUCAAAUGAUGACACCAAGCUGGAGUACAAUGUGGAUGCAGACAAUGGCAUUGCCAUGGAGGGUUAUCUGUUUAAGAGAGCCAGUAAUGCCUUCAAGACAUGGAACAGACGUUGGUUCUCCAUCCAAAACAAUCAGCUAGUUUACCAGAAGAAAUUUAAGGACAACCCUACAAUAGUGGUAGAAGACCUGAGGCUAUGUACGGUCAAACACUGCGAGGACAUCGAGCGACGUUUCUGUUUUGAAGUGGUUUCACCCACCAAGAGCUGCAUGAUGCAGGCGGACUCGGAGAAGCUGCGGCAGGCUUGGAUCAAAGCUGUCCAGAACAGCAUCGCCACCGCCUUCCGUGACAAGGGAGAGGACGGAGAGAAGCUAGAUAGGAAGUCGUCCACGUCAACAGGGAGUCUGGACUCUGGCGGGGAGCCAAAGGAGCGGUCGCUGAAAGGGGAGAGUGCUCUCCAGAAGGUCCUGGCCAUCGCCGGCAAUGCUUGCUGCUGCGACUGUGGCCAGCCAGAUCCCCGCUGGGCCAGCAUCAAUCUGGGCAUCACUCUCUGCAUCCAGUGCUCUGGCAUCCACAGGAGUCUUGGAGUUCAUUUCUCGAAGGUUCGCUCUUUGACUUUGGACACAUGGGAGCCAGAACUUCUCAAGUUGAUGUGUGAGCUGGGGAACAAAGAGAUCAACCAGAUUUAUGAAGCACGACGAGAGGAGCUGGGGGCCAGAAAACCUCAGUCAGGAGACCCAAGACACGAGGUGGAGGCCUACAUCAAAGCUAAAUAUGUGGAUCGUCGGUUUGUUCGUCGGCCGACAGACGAGGAGCUCCGAACCAAAGUGGUUUCUCUCAGCAAGCAGGAGAAGAGGCUGAGCAGCAGCUCUGAGCAUCUGCCGCCGAAGGCGCCUCCACCCACACCCAAACUGCGCCCUGCGUCCAACGUCUCGGAGAAGUCGGUGAAAAGUGCCGACAGCGGCAUUCAAAACAGCGCUGAUGGGAGCAGAGAGGUGCUGACCAACACGCCGUCCAAUAACAGUCUGGCAGAUGCAGAAGCUGCUGAGUGUCGGCCCGCGGCCACCACACUUCCUCCGCCAUCGCCCUGUAAAGAAAUGGUUUUCUACGAGCCUAAAGAGUACAGCCCAGGUCUGCAGCUCUACUGGGCGGCUUGUGCACGCAGCCUGCCAGACAUGGCGGAGGCGCUGGCCCACGGGGCUGAGAUCAACUGGGUCAACACGGAGGAGGACAAGAGGACGCCGCUGAUCAUGGCGGUGCAGGGGGGCUCACUGGUCACCUGUGAGUUUCUGCUGCAAAACUCGGCGAAUGUGAACCAGCAGGACGCUCAGGGCCGAGGACCGCUGCACCACGCCACCAUGCUGGGACACACAGGGCAAGUGUGCCUAUUCUUGAAAAAAGGAGCAAAUCAGAAUGCUGCAGACAUCGACGAGAAAACCCCCCUGACCAUAGCAGUGGACGCAGCUAACGCAGAUAUCGUCACAUUGUUGCGAUUGGCCAAGAUGAACGAGGAGAUGCGGGAGGCGGAGGGGCCGUACAGCCAGUCAGGGGAUGAAACCUACCAGGAUAUCUUCCAGGAUUUCUCCCACAUGGCCUCCAACGACCCGGACAAGCUGAACCGCUACCAGCAGUACGACCCGCAGAAACCCUGACACCCCCCCGACGUCGCCCACCAGCGGUCGGAUCCACUACCGUCACGCUUAAAAAAAUAAAAUAAAAUAGAAAAAAAUGCCACACAGACAAAAAGGAUUCCUGGAACAAAAAGGUUUCUCUCCAGCGUCAUUUAGACCGGCCAGCCUCUCAAAACUGUCCGACGCUCCCUCCCUCAUACCAAUGACACUUGCAGUUUUUGUUAAAACUACAAGCACCUAAGUCAAGUGAAGGGAAAUGUCUGUGAAUGGAAAGCUUUUACUUUUUAAUUCUUUAUAUCCGUGCAUCUCAGUAGGACCUGUUAAAGUAUUUGAAUGGUACAUUGAAGUCAUUGAAAGGAUUUUCCAAGUCACAACUCAAAUAACUGAACUUGGCACGAAUGUGGAGCAACCAUCGUCGCUUGUCUUUUGUUUUUUAAUUAAGUUCAAUUUCUCAUUUGACAUUUCCUGACAAAGACAGGUUGUUGUUUUGUUUUUAAUCAUUUUAUGACGUCGUAUCCCUGCAUUCCACCUGAGCCGAGCUCUGGGACGAGCCUGAGAAAAGCACCGUGAGCCUGGAUAGGAAGAAGUGCGUGUAGAUGAUGGCGGUGCGCGACAGACUGUUGAAUAGUCUCUUUUGCCUUUUGUCAGUAGUUCUCUCUUUCUGAACAUCUUUAUCUCUUUUGUUAAAGUUUUGAUUUGCAGGAUUAUCUGCAGGUGCAUACGUGCUUCCACUUAUUUGCACAAACUGCUUUGUGUUCAGUGAUUAUGGAAGCAAACCUGGUAUUGAUGCAUCUGUGAUUUUAAAAUGCUGAUUUAUCGGUAAAUAGUUUUUUAAUGUUUGUCUGAAUGAUUUUAAGUUUAAAUGUUUUAGUAUCACCGAUCUGUGUCAUGGGAUUAAUAGUUUAUUUUGGCCUAUUCAUUUUCAGUUAUGUCGGGCCCCAUGUUUUUUAAAUGUUUCUGGGAUGGAAAACAUACAAUUUAUGUUUUUUUUUUUUUUAUGUUUGUCAAAGGACUGGUAACAAAACCUGCAAGAACCAGGAGUCUGGAAAAUUUUCACUGCGGAAUUUCCUAGUCAGAUGUCCAGCAGUAAAAAUGAAGCAAACAAAUUCAGCAUGUGUUGAAUUUAAGAGUUUUAGUCAACAUAAAGAGACUUAUCCUUUAUUCGCCAGCAGCUGCAGGUUGGCUUCAUUCUGUGCAGGUUAUCAUUUUUCAGCAUCCUUGUUUAUGUUGGUAAACCAACAAAAUGAAUCCUGCCACGAACAAUGAAAACUAAUACACAGCCAGAAUGUUAUUAAAGAAAUGAAAACUGAGUAGUCGUUCUGGAAAAGACACGUAACAGAAAUAGUGAACAAACCGUCUGCAGGACGCCCACAUCAUGAUUGGAGGUUUUUCUAAAAGGACUGAGUUUCAGGAGAGUUCAGUGACUUGUUCACUUUAAAAAAGUGAACACUACAAGUUCAGUGGUUUCAGUUUUUUCUGUGCUGUAGGUGCUGUUGUUUUCUGUUUCCAGUAUAUUCCAAUACAGCCGGGAAAUGUUUAGCCAACGCAGCAUGGGAUCCCAUCCUUGUACAUUUCUGUUGAGAUGCAGUUGAUCUCUUUAAAAAGACUGAAGUAUGAAGUUAGUGGUACUUGAAUAAUUAAAUAAGCUUUUGUAUAUGCAGUUAUUUGUAUCCUUUGAUAAUUAUAGUCAAUUUAUAUGCUUGUCUGUAUACCAAUAUACAUGUACUGUAUAAUACACUUGUAAUAUGUAAGGACUUCAAUACAUGAAGAAUCCUUU